AGAAUCUGAUUCAAGAUGGCAAAAAGAUGGUCAUUUGUUGGGUUUGCGAUGUUUGUCUGGUUUGGCUAUUUUUGUGACGCUGUGGAAGAUGCAGCUACCCCCACUUCAGUGGAUCGUCCAUCUGUUGAGAUUCCAGUGAUUAAUGACACGGCUAUGGGGCUACAGUCUGACAGCCCAGUAAUACCUGCCAUUGUUACGGGUCCGCCACCCUUUUUUAAUCCUGCAUUCCCUCCUGCUCAAGGUGAUUUUUUCAUUGAGAGGCCUCCAACAACUCUGGCUCCUGUGGGCCAGCCUUCCUACCAGAGGCCAGCAGCUACCAUGGUACCUGUGGGUCAGCCUCCCUACCAGAGGCCAGCAGCCACUAUGGUUCCAGUGGGGCAGCCAUUCUACCAGAGGCCAGCGGCUACUAUGGUUCCAGUGGGGCAGCCAUCCUUUGAGACCCUAGUGCCACCUCGUAUUCCUGUGGGCCAGCCAUUCUACCAGAGGCCAGCAGCUACUAUGGUUCCAGUGGGGCAGCCAUCCUUUGAGACCCUAGUGCCACCUCGUAUUCCUGUGGGUCAGCCUCCCUACCAGAGGCCAGCAGCCACUAUGUUACCUGUGGGCCAGCCAUUCUACCAGAGGCCAGCAGCCACUAUGUUACCUGUGGGUCAGCCUCCCUACCAGAGGCCGGCGGCUACUCUGCCACCAGUGGGUCAGCCUCCCUACCAGAGGCCGGCGGCUACUCUGCCACCAGUGGGUCAGCCUCCCUACCAGAGGCCGGCGGCUACUCUGCCACCAGUGGGUCAGCCUCCCUACCAGAGGCCGGCGGCUACUCUGCCACCAGUGGGUCAGCCUCCCUACCAGAGGCCGGCGGCUACUCUGCCACCAGUGGGUCAGCCUCCCUACCAGAGGCCGGCGGCUACUCUGCCACCAGUGGGUCAGCCUCCCUACCAGAGGCCGGCGGCUACUCUGCCACCAGUGGGUCAGCCUCCCUACCAGAGGCCGGCGGCUACUCUGCCACCAGUGGGUCAGCCUCCCUACCAGAGGCCGGCGGCUACUCUGCCACCAGUGGGUCAGCCUCCCUACCAGAGGCCGGCGGCUACUCUGCCACCAGUGGGUCAGCCUCCCUACCAGAGGCCGGCGGCUACUCUGCCACCAGUGGGUCAGCCUCCCUACCAGAGGCCGGCGGCUACUCUGCCACCAGUGGGUCAGCCUCCCUACCAGAGGCCGGCGGCUACUCUGCCACCAGUGGGUCAGCCUCCCUACCAGAGGCCGGCGGCUACUCUGCCACCAGUGGGUCAGCCUCCCUACCAGAGGCCGGCGGCUACUCUGCCACCAGUGGGUCAGCCUCCCUACCAGAGGCCGGCGGCUACUCUGGCACCAGUGGGUCAGCCAUCCUAUCAGAGGCCGGUGGCUACUCUAGCACCAGUGGGUCAGCCAUCCUAUCAGAGGCCGGUGGCUACCUUGGCUCCUGUGGGUAAGCCUUCCUUGGAUCCAGUGCUUCCAGUCCUGCCUGUGCCAGAUAUUGUGAGGGCCAUCUGUGGGGAGAGCUUGCUACAAGUGGAAGUGAAUGCUAUUCUGCUUGGUAUUGGGCAGCUAGUCCAUCCAUCUGAGAUCACCCUGGGAGGCUGUGGACCUGUUGAGCAGGACAAGUCUGACUGGCAGCUGCACUUUGUGACUGAGCUGCAUGGUUGUGGCAGCACACAGAUGAUGACUGAAGACUCUCUAAUCUACACCUUUUCCUUGAAUUACCAACCCAAAGCACUUGUUGGCACUCCUAUCGUAAGGUCCAGUGAAGCAGUGGUUCUCAUCCAGUGCCAUUACCCAAGACUGCACAACGUGAGCAGCAAUGCCCUGCACCCAACCUGGAUCCCCUACCAAUCGACCAUGUCUGCUGAAGAACUCCUUGUCUUUACCCUGAGGCUCAUGGAAGAUGACUGGCAACAGGAGAGGGCCUCUCGCACAUUUUUCUUGGGAGAUACACUGAAAAUUGAGGCCUCUGUAGUCCAGGCCAACCAUGUGCCCCUCCGUGUCUUCAUUGAGAGGUGUGUCGCUUACUUGGAUCCCAGCUUGGCUCCCAGCUAUGCUUUCGUUAAAGAAGAUGGGUGCCUAAUGGAUUCCCAGCUACCAGGCUCCCACUCGAUGUUCCUGCCCAGGCUACAGGAUGACAAGCUCCGCAUGGAAGUGGAUGCUUUCAGAUUUGCCCAGGAGGACCGAAGCUCCAUUUACUUUUAUUGUCACCUGAAAGCCACUGCAGCUUCAGAUCCUUAUGGGGGCAAGGCUUGCUCAUUCUCUCCAGAAGCUGGCCGGUGGCUCAGCCUCUCUGGAAUGGAUGUGUGUAGUUGCUGUGAAGCUAGCUCUUGUGUGGCUAGGAAGGGGAGAAGUCUGGACGAGUCAGCUGCCCAGUGGGAAGGUGACGCCCUCCUUGGUCCUGUUACUAUCCAGCAGGCUGCUGCCACUGACCUCGUGUCAGAGUCUAGGAGCAGUCUCUUGAAGGCAGAGGAUCACAAAGCUACAGGUGCGUCACCUGUGGCUAUAGUCGUGGCUGGAGUGACUGUUACAGUGGGAAUCCUCUGUAUGAUCGUGCUGGCAACUGUACUGCGUUGGAGACGACGCAAGUCUCUCUUGUAUGAGGAGUCUGGUUAAUUAAAAAAAUGUGAAAGUGC